GCAGAAACAGUAAUUGUGCAUGUGCCAGGUUUGACGUCUGCGAGAAGUCCUGCUAAUGACAGCCACAGUUCUGAAGGCAGAGAGAGUGAACAAGCAGGUGUGCAGGGGUGUGGAGAAAAGGAAUUGCCUACCGUCAAACCCAAACAUUUUACCAAACUCUGUUCGCCCACAAACAGGGAACAAUAGUGCAAUUUGAUUGGUCAGUAGCCCAUCAAUCAAAAAGUGACAUCAGAAAUUUGACCGUUCAUGCAUAAUCUGACAUCUGGAACACAACAGUAUCAAAAUACAGUGGAACCCUGUUCAUCCGGUCACCAACAGCCCAAAAGAAUCUGGCUGAUUAAUGAGUGGCUUUAUUAAAGGGGUCUUUAAAUAAGAAAAUGACUGACUGGGCUUUUGUUCAGGUGAGAAUAAAGUGGCCAUACAUGUAAUAACAAGGUGGCUGUAUUAACUGGGUGGCCUUAAGGCGAGGUUCCACUGUAUAGCUGAGUCUGAGGAAGCAUUCAAAAUUCUUCUGUUCAGGAAACGGUGAAAGAUCUAUAGCAAAAUGGCAAACACAUUGAUCUAAAACUGGAGCAAGAAGAUGCCAUUAAGAGUUAAGUCUGUGGACAGGAUGUCCUUGCAAUCUUACCAACUGGUUUUUGUAAAAGUGCCAUCUAUCAAAUACUCUAACUGGGUUAAACUGGACGGUGAACGCCUUGUCGAUAAAUCAGUAAUGAUGUAUAAGAUAUGGUUCCAGACUAUCUGAGUUCACACUGUGUCUUCCGUUCUGAUACCUUAUCCUAAUUCAAGAGAUAGUGACUGUUUGCUUGCCAUUCCACAGCCCCACACUAAUUAUUGUAAAAGAAGUCUGUCCUACAGCAGAGCUGUACUGUGGAAUAGUUUACCCUAACUUGGAUAUUCAUCAGUCACCCUCUCUUGAUGAAUUUAAAUCUAAGUUGAAGAAUUAUGAUUUUGCUGGUAAUCUUAUGUAAGUUUUAUAAUUUUGCUUUUAUACACGGCUUCCUUGUAAAGCAGGGUUUUUUUUUUUAUCAUUUCUCUUAUUGCAGUACAUGUGAGUGAUUUAUUAGUUACUACAGUAUUGGUAUUCUAUUGUGCCGCCCGGCCACCAAGCGAAAAUUGGGUAGCAAAAUUGAACGUUAAAGAUAUAUGGAUUCCACUGUAUUCGAAGUAUUUUUGUUUACUUGUACAUACAGUCUACAUGCGCAUACAGUUAACCCCACAUCUAUGUGUAGCUUUGAAUACAAACCAAAUGGGGUGAGCUGUACCAUUUACAAGGCUCAUGUUAACUGGCCAAAUGAAGCAAUAGAUAAUAAACACAAAGCCUUGAACCCUACGACCAAAAGAGAUGCAGAAAAAAUAGAGGUUUUAAAGUGAUGUAGAUCAAGUGAAUCCAACUUUUAAAAGACUUUCAUUGACUUAAAUAUUUUCAGUUUUUUUGUUUUUUUGUAAAUUCGAGUAUUGGUUUAUAGUUUCCUUUAAAAAUAAUAUUGUGGCUCCCAAAAUCCCAGAGACUUUCCAGUGGGGUAGGUAGGGAUCCACACUGUCAGUGACUACAUGUACAUGUAGAUAUGUUGGGCUAAAUUAUCUAGAACCAGGCCAUGUUGUUUUUUCUGACCUACAAUCAACAUUAUAUUCAGAACCAUUUCAUUUCUACUGUUCAUCACAUAUAUAAUUAUUGUCCUUAGGGGAGCUUGUUUUAAAUCAAGGUAUUUUUUUCUUGGAACUUUGAGGUCCCUCAUUCACAGGAUUGAAAAUGUGGCUGUUAAAAUAUUUGUACAAUGUAAAUAUGCGACAUUAAAAUGGUCAAUGCUAGAAACCCUGUAGUUUUUGCUUUACUGAUGAUUAGACCUGUCCUGCAUUCCACUUCAGAACCUACAAAUGAUUAUACGGUAGACAUUUUCAUACAUAUGCUGUGUUUUUGUCCACCUUUGUUGAAAUGCGGGAAAGGUCUAUGGGUUCUUUCUGAAACAACUACAACAGUUACUGUAUUUUCUUUCGUCACAGAAUUUCCUGAAAGAAAUAGAAAAUAUGUUCUCUGUGUUUCUAUUAAGCCACAGAAUCACUUGUGAAAGUUUGGGAGAACUUGGAAAAGCUGUGGGAACACUUGCCUGCCGAAUUGUGUUGCAACAGCAUUUCUUGUUCUCCCAAACAUUCUCUUGUGUUUCUAUAGCUUUAUAGAAACACAGUACAUGUUAAUUCUAUUUCUUGAAUGGCAUCGUGUUGCGUGCACACAAAAAAAUGUGAUAAUCAGUCUGCAAGUGCCAAUACAUGUAUGUCAUAUUCAAUGGCUACAUGCACAACUGAUAUAGUAUCUCACUAGUCACUGGUAUUUUUUUUCUAAAUGCUGCUUUUUUUCUCCUCCUUUUCUUCUGGCUUAAGACUAAAAACUGUUUUGAGAUGCUUACUUUCAUCGAACAAUUCAGCUGUCUGGUGGCAGAAUAUUUUCUGCUGAAGAUUUGAUGUAUCCGUCAAGUGGGAGAGGAAAAUGACCAAUUAAUGUGAAUGAGGGUUGACAAGAAUUUUGUUUUUGCUCUUGUUUGAACAUUAGCAUUUUUGCCAUCGUUGCCUCUAGAAUUUAAUCUGCUAACUCUUCCCACGAGUCUGAGUUUUUUAGCUCACUUGUGGGAUAUAUAAGUUAUGUCAACUCUCAGGUUCUCUUAGUUCAGUCGACGGAUGGGGUACAGUUGACAAAAAAUGAAGUUUGAAUUUCUCAUUUAGAUCUUCAGCCACAAAAACACUCUCCUCAACUUGUGGUGUUAUUUGCCGGGGCUCAUAUAGGUGUUGGAGAAUCAAAAUGUGUUUAAGUUGAUUUCAAACUUUGUUGUACAUCAGUCACUUACAUAAGUAACAAGUCAGAUUAGUUUUUAGAAAAUAGACUGGAUGUACGAUAUUUUUCAAAGGAAAUUGGAGAGACUAAGUAGCAGGGAAUGGGAUGAGCGACAUACGUAAUUAUAUUGCGUUGUUUUGUGGUCAUUAUCAGCUGUUCAUCAGCCGCACCCUAUCCUUGAAACUAUCAAAGCCUCUCCCAGCUUUUAAGACACUUGAGAAUGUUAAGGGGUUGAUUGAAAUAUUUAUCAUAGAAGAACAAGAAAUAACUAAGCCAUAGAAAAAAUUAGUUUAUUGCUUAAAACAUUGGGAAGGUUCAUCCAGUAUAAUUUUCUGAGUCGCGGCUUGCAUGACAGAGAAAUAAGCUUUCCAGCUUGAGCAAUAUAAUUAAACAUUUUUAACGUGACUAGAUACUGACUAAUGGCAGCUAAACGCUUAGGAUAUCAAGACUGAUAUGCGUGCAUAGAAAGUCCGUGGCGCAAUACCAAUAAGCCUGGCAGCUUCGUGGUUUAUAUUUAAUCUUAAGCACAGGCCUAUCUAUUUCCUCACCUUUGUCGUCUUCAACGUGAUAUUGGCCUUUUCAGGAAGCACUGUUAAUUGAUCUGCUUUUGAUAUAGAGGCUCUGCGCCACAGCUCUCAGUAAACCUUUUUGUAGGCUUCUAAUAAUAUCUUGUUGAAGAACUCAUGUAUUAUACUGCCAAGACUGCUACCUGUCUAGAUAACUGUUUGUGUAAGAAGUUAUAGGUUACAGAAUAGUUGUUUUACUGGUCAAAUUGAGAGUGAUCCAGGUCCAGCUUGUUUGAUCUUACAUGCAUGGUCAAGAUGACAAAACUGAUUCCCCCAGGCUUAUGCAGCUACUACAAUCCCACACCCCUCCCAUGCCCAUAAGUCAAACUACCCGGGGAGACAUGCCAAGUGAUGCAAGACGUGCCAGUGAUGAUGAAGAGUCUCACAACGGAACAAGAAGUUCUGCUUUUGUUGUCCACCCAGCUGAGGUGCAUCCUAGCAUGAGUGAACCAGCCACAAGGUCAACAGGCAUGCAUAGCAGGCCUGUGCAGACAGGACCAGUUUGUACAACCCCAGGUUUGUGUCAGGCUGGAGGAGAGUUAAGGCUGGCUCACCUCAAUGGGAAGUCUGUGAAAGUCUCUGAAGGGUUUGUGCUUGUUGGAGCUAAAUCUCCCAUGCUGCCAGGAAUGAUGCUGGUGGCAGAAGUGGACAGACGAUUCCUGCCAGAUGAGAAGAACAAUGCCACAAUGCUUGGAUUCAGUGGAAACUGCAUUGGCUGUGGGGCCAAGGGAUUCAGAUACUUCACAGAGUUUUCAAGUCAUAUUAAUCUGAAGCUUGCCACGCAGCCCAAGAAACAGAAGCAUUUGAAGUACUACAUCAUCAUUGAGCCCAGUGGUAGACUACACAAAGGACCAGCUAUCCCGUGGAAAGGUAAGUUAAGUCAGAGAUUGCAUACUUUGGGGGUACAGUGGAACCCCACCUUAUGGCCACCCCAUUAAUACAGCCACCUUGUUAUUUUCGCCACUUUAUUCUGGCCUGAACAAAACCUCAGUCAGUCAUUUUCUUAUUUAAAGAACCCCUUUAAUGCCGUCUCCUGUGGCUUGUUGGUGACCCAGAUUAAGGUGGUUCCACUGUGUUGGCUUAUCAGACCAGUGCUUACCUGUACUUUCCAUAGUAUGAAGGGACCAGGAGUAUUUCUGUGUAUUUCUGUGUUCUGCCUACAUAGGAUGUUAGUCUAUUGCAGUGCUACCUCCUACGUUAACUUCCCUAGUACCCAUUUAUGUGCCUGGGUGGGGAAACUCAGAGAGGCAUUGUUGGUAAGGUGAAGUCUGCGUCGGGCAAGUGACCAGUCCAUGCCGACAGAGCUUAUACCACGGUUACUGUGACACAAAGUGGCUAGGAGUAUUUCUACUCCCCCUGGAUGGGAUGCUAGUCCAUCACAGGGUUACCUCCAGCAUUAAUUUCAC